AUGUCGAAUUUAUCCAAACUUGAGUUUGUGGCAUUAGAUAUUUCUGGAAAGAAUUAUCUUUCAUGGGUACUCGAUGCUGAGAUUCACUUGGCUGCUAAAGGUCUUGAUGCCACUAUUACUCAGGGAAAUGAAGCAUCGAGUCAAGAUAAGGCGAAGGCUAUGAUUUUCCUUCGUCAUCAUCUUGAUGAGGGCCUGAAGAUUGAAUAUUUGACGGUAAAAGAUCCACUUGAAUUCUGGACUGAUUUAAAGGGGAGAUAUGACCACCUAAAGGCAACAGUGUUGCCAAGAACUCGUUAUGAGUGGAUGCAUUUACGGUUUCAAGAUUUUAAGACCGUAAUUGAAUACAACUCUGCUGUAUUCAGAAUAACCUCCCAGUUGAAAUUAUGUGGGGAGACUAUAAAAGAUGAGGACAUGUUGGGAAAGACACUUACUACUUUCCAUGCCUCAAAUGUGAUAUUGCAGCAUCAAUAUCGUGAAAAGGGUUUUCAGAAAUAUUCUGAACUAAUCUCAAUGUCUUUUGGUGGCUGA